AUGAAAAGUGUAAAAAAACUUCUGUCCGAGAAAGCUGAGAAGAAACAGGGACUAUAUGUGCACUAUAGCCCUCCCAAAGCUCUAGGAGCUAUACCAGCAUCAGACCUUCGUCAGUGGGUGCGAGCAGGGCAAGAAGGCAAGCUGGAACGAGCCGUGCUCAACGGUCAGGGGCGGCGCCUUUUAUCAGAAGCGGAAAAUUUGCCUUUAUCAAGAUACCUUAUUAAUUUGAUAAAUAAAUGUGAAACUCUGCACGCUGCUGUUGAGACAGGAUCGCUGCUUGAUUUACAGGAACUACUGGAAUCUGACUACAAUCGCAACAAGUUAUCAUCUUGCUGUGAUGACGCGGGUGUCGGUCUAUUGCAUAAAGCUGUGUACUACAACUACACGGAUAUUGUAGAGUAUCUCGUGAAAUAUUAUCCACAUUUGGUCCACCAGAAGGAUUCCGAAGGUCGGAUAGCCCUUCACUACACGGCAGCGUGUCGUGAUGAGGCGCAAUUGUCCGCACUACUCCUGGGCGCGGGGGCGGCGAGGGGCGCGCGGGACGCAGCCGGGCAUACGUUGGCCCACUAUCGUACUGCUCGCACUCAGCUCACGCUGCCCGUUGCUGUCGACAUGCCGACGCUACCCGGUAUGGUAAUAAAGCGGCAUAACAUUCGAAUAUGGUGUCACGAAUGCGACAUGGGGCGCCUCCAGCGCGUGAUAUGGGAGGGCCAGGGCUCCAGGCUUCUGAGCGAAGUAUCAAGCCAGCCAAUUGUAAAGAAGUUCUUGGAAACCGUGCCAUAUAUGAUGAAUACAAUUAAGGAUAUACACAAUGCAGUGAUUCAAAACGAUUUGGAGAAUGUUAUUAGAUUAACAAGUAGCCCUGUACCGCCGCAGAUUUUAUCUAGCAAGGACCCAAAUAAUAUGACUGUAUUUCAUAAAGCAGCUGGAUUAGGACACUGCGGUAUUUUAAAUUACAUAGUCGAAAGAUAUCCACAAGGUAUAAAUGAAAUAGAUAAUGAAGGUCGCACACCUUUACACUACGCUGCUAUUGUGAAAGAUGAUAAACACACAUUCAAAACAAUGAUUGGUUUUGGCGCAGAUGAAGGGGCUGUUGAUAAUAGAAAUAAAACCCCUGCUUAUUACUUGAAUAGACCUCAGGAGAUAGACAAACGCAAUCUAAAGGUUUUACCUGAAGCACCUAGAACACCAUCAAGUGCUUACCCAGCGUCAUGGGAUUGGAAAAUCUUAGAUACGGACUACACAGCUGAACUGAAUAAGAAACCUAGAAGAAAGAACUUCAAAACUUCAUCAGAAAACAUUUCUUCUAAAAAUACUCUUUCAGAAAGUACGGAAAAUUUAAAUAACAUGAAAAAUAGUAGCACUCAUGAAAUGAUAAACAGUUUACCAGAAUUAAAUGAUAAACAUGAAACCAUUGAAGAAGAAAAAAUUAAUAACAUAACUGAAAAUAUUGUUUUACAAGAAAAUGAACAGGUUUCUGAAAACGUUGACCACGAAGCAUGUUUUGUAGAAAAUCAAGACUACAAAGAAAAUACUAGUGGUGAUAAUAAGAUCGAAGACACUUUGAAAGAAACGAGUAACGGUGGAUCACGACCGAAUAGUCAAAAUGGUCUGGAUCGCCAAAAUGAACAUACUAAUUUAGAACAACCAGAGGAAGAAGAAAAUUUAGAAAAUAAUAUUGAACAAGUUAACGAUUUGAAUACCGCUAUAACUAAAUCAGACCCUGUAUUUAACAGCGAGGUUUUAAAUCGAGAAUCAACUCCACUUCCAGUACUGCCAGCCUCACCAAUAUUUAAAAGUACUGAUAAUGCUGAUACUGAUGACCAAAUCAACCAAGAAGAUAACAAUGAAGAUGAAUCUUGUACACAACUAGAUAUAAUAGAAAAUAAAAAUCCUGAAAACAUGCCUGAAAGUACUCAUUCUCAGGAAGGUAAUGUUGAAAAGCAUGAUGAUGACCAUAUAUCAAAAAACGAUAUAGAAGGUAAUCAACCAAAUGACAGUUUUGAGGAUAUUAAUGUUGUCCAAAAGGAAGUAGAACCUGAUAAACUUCUAAAUUCAAAUGAAGCUACUGUUAAUGAGAUCCAAAAUAAAAUGGAAUACGAUCAUUCUGAUGAAGAGGUUACGACUGUUUCGGAUCAUGAAGGUAAUACAAAAGUUGAUACCAUUGAAGAUGAUGACGAUGUACAAGUGCAGGAUAACACACAAACAGAACACAAUGACACAUAUUUUCAAAAGGAACUACACAAAAAUGGGAGUGUGAUCAGGAGUGACAGAGUUCCUUCUGGAAACAACGGACGUAAUAGUCAAGAAAGUCUCAUAGAGGGUAUUGUGAGUAGCGAAGCUGAAAAAGACUCGCAAGAUGCAAGUGUAAUAAAAGGAAAUUCUGUACACGGCGACCUUCUCGUUAUUGAUAAUCAAAUAGACCCAGAAGUAACUGAAUUAAUAAACACAGUCAAUUUGGAAAUGUUAGCGACAUUAGUACUGAACGGAGAAGGAUCAAGACUUAUCGGCAGAUAUUCAGAUAAUUUAGAACUGCAAGCGUUUUUGGAAAAUGUACCAUCUUAUAUGCACAAAAUUAAUAAAGUACACUUAGCAGCUAAAGAAGGAAAUAUAAGAGAACUUCAAGCGGCACUAGACAGACGGAAAUUUGCCAUAGCUCGUGAUCCGAUUUCGGCAAAUGGAGCCACACCCCUACAUGUAGCCACUGUAUUCGGGAAAACAAAUAUUAUUAAAUAUUUAGGAGGAAGAUUUCCUGAAACGUUAUCGGCAGUGGAUUUUGAAGGACGCACAGCCUUACACUACGCAGCUGUCUUACCAGAUAAUGGCCAUUACUAUAACCUAUUACAACAACUUGGUUCAAAUUCUAAGGACUUAGAUGAUAAUGGAAGAUCCGCGGAUGAUUACUACAGGAACCCAAGCUUAUUACCAUUUAGUCAGCUUUUAAGUGAUUUUGGUAUAAGUGACGACGAGAUCAAAGAAAUGUUCUCAGAUCAAGUGCCAGAUGAUCGUGUCUCAAGUCGACGAAAUCUGGACAUGCCGGAAGUUCUAGAGACAUUAGAUCGAUGUUACCAUCUUCUGACAUCAGCUAAAUCAACACGUACGCCAUUGUCAGCUUCAUCCAAUAAGGCAACACCACCACUGGUCCUUGGAAGAUUCUUAAAGAAAUCAAUAUUUGAAUCAAUUAAACAUCGCAUUACAAAACUUGACCAUGAUCUGUUUGAUGUUAUUUGGCCAGCUGUUAAAAAAAUUCCAGAAACUCGUAAUGUAAUACAAACAGUUGAGGAAGAUUUUCCCGGUGGUGUAACAGCACCGGAUUAUUAUGUCUAUGAUGUGUUUAAUGAAUUUUUGACACCAUUAAUUAAGGAUCUACAUAAUAUAAAUAUCUCGUAUGAACUUCCUUUUCAUCCACCAUCCGACUUUAUUAAAAAUUCAUCAGUACUACUAACUGCAGCAUGUGAACCGUUAGUUGAACUAAACGUCGAUGCACACGAUGAAUUUGUCCUUUCUGGAAAUAUAGAGUGUUCAAGAAAUGUCGAGGGAUUUGAAUUACCUCUAAAUAUUAAAAUUGGCAAACUAGAAAGCAUUGAAAGGAUUAUAACCACGAUACUGAUGAACACAGAGUUUUCAAAAGUAAUUGAACAAUUAAGUUCUGAAUCUGAUCAAAAAGGUGGUAGUUAUUAUACCCUAAACGAAGUCUUGGAAAAACCAUCCGAAAUCUGUGCUCUUUUAGCAGCAUCAGGGCUGCUAAUUGCUCUUUGCGAACGUGAAGAAAUUGAUGACUUUAAUCGCUUACACGGCAAACAUUGGCCUUAUGGACGUGGAGUGUAUCUAAGUGACGAUAAACACGUCGCUGUGUGGAUUAAUGUUCACGACCAUAUCAGAGUUGUAGUUUCCACCCCUACAGAUACCCCAGGGGAAAUAGGUCUAGCUUUUAGCAAGUUAUCCUAUAUCAUGAAAUAUCUUCACGAUAAACUAGACUUCGUUUGGCAUGAGAAACUUGGCCAUUUAUCUAGUCGACCAACAUUUUUAGGUGCGGGAAUUCGAUUAAGUCUUAUUAUAAACUUUCCUGGUUUAUCGAGAGACGCUGAUAAUAUAAAACAUUUAUGCGCAAUGAGGGGUUUACAAUACCGGGAGACUCUGAGCACUGGAAUAGCUAGAAUCAGCAACUACCAAUGUUUGAGUGUUACUGAAACAGUCUGUUUUAAUGAUUUCGCUACAGCGACAUCAAAUCUCCUUCAUCUCGAAAGAGAUUUAUCAUUACAAAAUUCAGCUCAAAUUGCGACGAUGCUUAGCAAUAUAUUUAGAAGGAAAAGAAGUAGUCUUGCAGAUAUAGAUAUAGAUGAAAAACAUUAA